AUGGCGUUCCUCACAAUCCCACGCGAAAUCCGUUUAAAGAUUUUAACUUUCAUUAUUUGCUCACCAGUCGAUCCGCCAAAUUCACCCUUGGAAGCUCAGCGUGGCCGGAAAGAGCUGCGCCAGAAGGCAUGGCUUGGUUACGCAUGGAUGGCUAGUGCAAUAUGGCAACUUCCACAAUCCAGCUCGGCGUUAUCGCUUCUGUUGGUGAACAAGCAGGUCAACGUCGAAACUAGAUAUGUGAUCGAACAUGCUCCUACGAAUUAUCAUGUCGAUGUUAUGUUCCUCAAAGACUAUGGUCUUUGGACAACAUGGUCCAUUCCAGCGCUCCCACGAACUCAAUACAUUGAGUCAGUUCAUGCUACGUUUCGGAUCUUUGAGCCUGAAGGCUUGAAAAAGCGCUUCAAACACUCUAUGGACUUUGGUCAUACCGAUAUAGGGCCACCGUGGAGUUCUUGGUCCUUGUAUCAGAUGUUGAUGUCACUUUUGAGAGCAGGGCCAGGCUACAUAUAUUCUUUACGGAGGUGGAACUACAAAAGAAGUGCAACAUCUCAGUACAUUGUCAGAAAUAUCAUCAUUGACAUUCUAGCUCCUUCUGACGGAGCUGAGCAUAAAAGUAUGAUGGUUAACAACGAAGACUAUGAGGAGCGUCUUGAGUGGCUUUCGGAUGACAUUGACGACAACAAUUCAGUACCCAUGGAAAACCGGCUGGCCACUUACAUGUGCAACAGUCUGAAUACGCUUCUUACGCUUGAUUACCACAGCUUGAAUUAUGGAGCUUUGGUGUACGAGGGCGUGCAGGAUAAAAUUCAGGUCCUGGUUAAUGGUCGACCCUUCAAACAGUUCAACAUAGAAGAGAUGGGGGAAAACAUUUCAAUGCAAUACUUCGGAGAAUCGCCAGAUCUAAUUGUGGAACGGAAAGAAAAGUAUGGGAAGUGGAAGUCAUGGCUUUGUGAGAGGAGGCAGCGCAUGAAACAGGGUCUUGAGCUUGAUGGCAACCGGCCAGUUGAAAAAAUCAUAUGA